GUGGACUUGCGCCUGCUUGACUAUGUCGCGCCCUCCGACGAGAACCUGGUCUGUCCCAUUUGCCGAUGCCCCUUCGUGGACCCGGUAGUGCUCACAGAAUGCGACCACUGCUUCUGCCGAGAUUGUAUUCGCCAAACGUGGACGACUUCAUCUGCCUACAAUCCGCUGGGCGCACGAGGAGGGGACUGCCCAACAUGUCGCACUCCCGCAAAGCUUGCUCCCAGAUCUGCCACUAGCAAGAUCCUGACCAACAUCCUGGACGACCUGUUGGUGAAAUGUCCGAAUUCCGACGAAGGUUGCACGUCACAACUCAAACGGGGACAAGUUCAAGAUCACAUCAACAUAUAUUGUGGCUACGCUCUCGUCGAAUGCGCGGCACGAGAAUGCGAACUGCCGGUCCGACGGAAAGACUCGACUCUCGCAUGCUUGCAUAUCCCGGUCAGCUGCUUGGCUUGUCGAGAGGAAAUGCAAAGAGUGCAUCUGGAAGUCCACUGGAAACGGAAAUGCCCUGACAGACGAGUCGCCUGCAGUCUUUGCAAUGCCAACCUGUACUACCGGGAAUUGUCGGAACACAAUACGAAGCUGUGUCCAGCAGUCAGCAUACCUUGUCCUGGAGCCGCACUAGGCUGUGAUAGCAGGAAUAUGAAAGCUCAAACAGAUAUCCAUGCAAAGAAAUGCACAUUCGCAAAAAUGGCUCCCAUGUUCGAAAUGGUGAAGUCUCGAAUGGAUGAGCAAGAGGCUGCUCAGCUGCAAAUGAACCGCAAGUUGGAAGUGCUCGAGAAUGGAUUCAGCGCCAUGCACGGACUGUUCGGCCCAGUGCCAGAAGUCCCGGGCCCUCGGCCAUCAGACCUGCCAGAACCGUUUAGUCUGGAUUUUGAACUCGCAUCGCCUUUCCCGCCUCCAGCAAUAAACGGUGGUCCGUACGUGUCACCACUUCAUCACAUGCUCUCCAUGCACGAAAGCCUACGGGAUGAAAUGUCACGAGUGAGCUCAGCGCUACAAGAACUGGAUGGCAGGCACUCGAUGCAGAUCUUGAACGAGAACUUGCGAACACGCGAGGAAAUGCAAUACAUCGGAGCACAGGUUGCAGGCUUGAGCAGGCAGGUGGGCUGGCUUACUUCAACCCAAUUGCAGAGGCAGAGCCGG